AUGGGGACAACCAAACCACCAGCAUUCAAAAGCAAGCACACAGUGAAAUACGGGCUAAAAGUCUCAGCCCGGGCUCCUGGUAGUAGUAAAGUGACAAGCGUCAUCUGCAGGUUCUGUUCAAGAUUUGGGCGGGAGGACAAGCCGAAUGCGCAACACAAGGCUUCAAGUCGACACAAAGUUUAUCAAAAGUUUCUUCCGUAUCUUUACGAGUCGGACAACAAAGGACAGCAUCCGAUAAAAUGGGCAGAGUACACAGUAGUUUAUCCAAUGAUGAAGAUCAUGCGACUAUUAUAA